AUCUCCUUCAAGUUGGCGACUCAUCCCUUCCCCUUCAACCGUAUCCGAUAAUAUCCUCAUGAAAAUGGCGUCCGCCACGUCUUCGGUGUUUGAUGCGAUGGGCGUGCAGAAUUUAACCGAUAUUUCCGAUAUACAAGAGGCUUUUGAACAACUCUGCGUGGAGGAGCAAGCAAUCACGGAUGAUAUUGAUGGAUUGUUGGAAAAACAGACCAACCUAGAGGCUAAGAUGAACACCUUACAGCGACAAGGUCAAAACCUGCAGCUUGUUCACACUGAUGCUAGGCAGCUUGGAAGCAUGAUCUCAUUCACCUCCGAUCUCGCCGAGAAUGUUAGCGGCAAAGUCCGAGAGCUUGACGUAGCAAAAAACAGAGUUCAAAUAGCAAUCCAAAGAGUGAAUGACAUACUAGAUCUCAAGUUUUGCACCGACGGAGUCCAGACUGCCCUCCAGUCAGAGAAUUAUGAGAAGGCAGCGGGCCAUAUACACAGAUAUCUGAGCCUUGACGAGAAGGUGUUGAAACAGGUCAUCGCGGAUAAUAAAGAAGGCGGUGGAAUCGAUCUGUCCAUCGGCCUCCUCCACGAGGCCGAGCAGAACCUAAAGGCCUUAGUCCGGGAGAAGUUUGACUCGGCUAUCCAGAGUGGAGACAGGGGGUCCGUGGAGAGGUUCUUCAAGAUCUUCCCGCUCUUGGGGCUCCACGACGAGGGGCUGGAGAAAUUCUCAACGUACCUCAGGACACAGAUUGCUAAUAAGGCCAAGGAGAGUCUUACCCUGGCCCUCAGCAAGGACAGCACGGACCGACGGGCCAGUGUUGUCUACGCUGACACCAUCACCAUACUGUUUGAGGACAUCGGCAAGAGCGUGGAGAUCCAUCAGCCUCUCGUGGAGACAUAUUACGGUCCUGGCAGGUUAUUCACCCUCAUGCAGUCGCUGCAGCAAGAGUGCGACAUCCAAGCCAAGCAGAUCGUGGAGAGCUUCGUCCGUAACCGUGAGUUUGACACCAGGGCCCAGCAGGUGCAGCAGAGCUUACGAGGCUACAAAUCGUCCAACCCUAACGACAAACUAGACCCACGAGACUUAGACGUCAUGCUAGCAGAAUGCACCUUGCUGAACACAAGGACAGAGCUGUACCUGAGGUUCGUCAAGAGAAGAAUUAUUAGUGAUAUAGAAGUCUUGGAUGAAGACGUAGCUACAAAGCAAGCCAGACAAGCCGAGCUAGACAGGUUCUUGAUGAACUGCCAGCUCAGUAGACACAUGCAGGAGCUGAUCGGCAACUACAUCAUGAUGGAGGAAUAUUUCAUGCACGAGACAGUGACAAAGGCGGUCAGUUUAGACAGCUUAGACUCCGGGUCGCAAACGUCCAGCAUGGUUGAUGACAUUUUCUUCAUUGUCAAGAAAUGCACAAGGAGAGCAAUCUCCAGCGGCAGCACUGACUGCGCUUGUGCGAUGCUCAACCACACCAGCUCCCUACUGGAGGGCUCCUACCGCGACGUCCUGUACAACAAGCUCCGUGCCGGCUACCCCUCGGGCUCCUUUGACGUCAGCCAAGCCUACAGCAUGCUGCAGCAGGGCCGGUUUGCGACCUCCACGACAGACACCAAUGCAGCCAAGCUAGAGUUCCUGACAACAUUAAACAACACCGAGGUAAGCAUAGAGUACACACAAGCCCUCAAGAAGAGCCUCGGGGACGAGUGCUCCUCCAAGAAUCAACACCUCGCCGACAAGGAGAGAGAGAAACUGGAGAGCUGUCUGGCCGACCUGGGGAACGUCACGCACAAAUUCAAGGACGUCUUAGAGUACGGUCUGAGCCAGCUGAGCACCAGCGCCAUCAAGCCUCGCCUCAAGCCCUGGGUGGAUAACUUCCUCUCCACCAGCCACAACAUAUCCGAGGAGGAGUUCUCCAACUACGAGGCCAACGAUCCGUUCGUACAAGUAUUCAUCAUCAACCUGGAGCAACUCCUGAAUGAAUUCAAGGAUUUACUCACACCGGCAAAUUAUGACGCACUCGUUGGGUUACUCACAAACGAGGUCACAACUCAACUUGAGAAGGCAGUGCUCAAAUCAGUCUUCAACAGACUUGGCGGUUUACAGUACGACAAAGAGCUGCGUUCCUUAGUCGGUUAUCUUACCUCUGUAACUCAGUGGACCAUCCGAGAUAAGUUUGCCAGGCUCACCCAGAUGGCCACCAUCUUGAAUCUGGAAAGAGUAUCGGAAAUCCUUGAUUACUGGGGCUCCAACUCGGGACCUUUGACCUGGAGGUUGACCCCGGCAGAGGUCAGACAGGUGCUGUCUCUCAGAAUCGACUUUCGAACUGAGGACAUCAAGAGAUUGAAGCUCUGAACUUCCUGAAAUCCUUGCCGACAAAUGUCUCCACCUGUUUGCCACCUGUUUGACGUGGCUUCUUCCAAUAUAAUUCCUCUGCCUUGUGGAAGCGCCAUUGCACCAUUCCAAUUGGCCCAGAAUCACCUGACAUAUCACGGGACAAGUUGGAUAGAAUUGUCAGUUAUUGGACCCGAAUUCGUAGAAAUGUUUGCAUUAUUUAGAUUUUCUGGUUUACGUCUUGCAAUCUUGGGUUUUGUAUCUUGGUGCAACGUAGAAUGUUUUGUAUACUCAAAGAGAUUGCAUAGCAAAGCUUAAGAGGGUAGCAACUCCUAUGGACCCACAUUAUGAGUCAAUUUGUUCCACAUGGAUCCGGAUCAGUGAUCCCGAAGCUGGCUCGCACUCUCCAUUACGCAGUUUCUGCUGUCAGUGAACCAACGAGGGAUUUACUGAUCGUGAUUCUUAUCCGUGUGAAACAAACAACUCCCACAUCAGUCCGUCAAAAUGCACGCAAACAGAUUUUUGGGGUUUUUAAGUUUCCUUUCAAGAGCCCUCAUAUCAUUCGAGUGCCUUGUAUAAAUGCAAAGUUGUAUUUUGUAUUCACUUAGAAAUGUGUCAUAGGGUGCCAGACUUUCAUGUAGUACAUGCGUGAGUAUGCAUUAGACUGCAUUUUUUAUUUUAUUUGACACGGACAUUCCAGACCCUUGUAGUUUUAUAUUAAACCUGUGGCAAUGCAGAAACGAAUAUUCAGAAUGAAUACGUCUGCACUGGUCCACAUUUUUGGAACACAGCUUGAUGAUGUUCAUGAGUCCCGAGCUGUACCAAAAGAGGAUGCAAUUUUCCUAGCAGUGGAUGCUCCUUUGGUCAGAGCUGCACUUUGCCAGUCCAGAAACGACUAUGAAAGGCACACGUUACAAACGUGUCGCUUCCGUCAAAAUGAACACUCCCUGAGGGGGGAUGCUUCUGUUCAAGGCCGAUGGCCGGUAGCAUCUUUUGAGUAAAGACUGAAUAAUGUUGAGCAAGAUAUGCCGUGAAACUGAAUAGGGCAGACUGUUAUGCGUUAUUUUCACAGUAUUGAUCUGCUUUCAAUUUGAUUGCAUUUAAGCGGGUAGUUGGACUGGUUUGAGAUAACCUGGUACGUUUUUUGUUUACAUUGAAGGCAGGUGUGUUAGAAAAAGGCUUGUUCCACUCAAGUAACACUGACCCCAACACACAGCAUAACCAAGUUCAUGCUAGGACUGCGCUGAAAUCAAAGGUUAUGAUUUUUUGUAAAGUUUCGAAUCUUGGUGGAAGUUAUUAGCCAGCCCAAAGUUGCGCUCAGAGAAGUGGUUGGGAAAAGGGAGCUCUGCACUGAAGGAAAUUUUGUUGCUUUUUCCCUCAAACAUACUGCCGUGAAUUUCGUUCAGUUUAGUUAGCAACGUGCCAUUGACAUUAUAAAUGUCUGUUCGCUUAUCGCAAUUUCUAGAAAGAGAGGUUUCUUUUUCUUUCUUUUUUUUACAUUUUAAUUUUCUAUCGGGGUACUUACAGUUUAGCACCUUCUGUAAAUAACCUGUGUAUAAAUAAAUGAAUGGUUGAUAAAUGUACGUGUAUAUAAAUAAGAAUUGUACAGAUGGAGGAUUGGAAAGAUGACAUGAUUAAUCAUGUUUGUUGCUGCCAAAACGUUCUUUGAACAAAUAACAAUUCCAUCGUGACAUUCUGUGUAAUGCCUUGUUUGAUUGAAAAAAAAAGAGUUCGAAAUUUAACAUAUCUGUCAUGAGACCUGUGUGCAUAUACAGAGGAAUUUCAGAAUAAUCCCAAACCUGAUGUCAAAAGUUAUUUGGACUUUCACUAAUCCAAGUGAAAAGACAUAAAAUAAAUUACAAUAAUAA